AUAUAACCGGUCGCGGCUUUGCAAUACAAACCCAAGCUCCUUGCCAAAGGAAGAAACCUUAAGACGAAGCUAGCUGCCGGCGCAUCCGGCGACGUCAGCUGGCGGUUUACGGUUGGGAAAUAAAGAGCAAACUAUCAUUCUUUUUUAACUGAAAUAUCAUGUUCCUUGUGACAUGGAUUUGAGAUUCCAAAGUAGCAAGUGGGCUGAAAACAUAUACCAGAGAUUUGAGGCCUUAUGCCAAGAGAUUGAUGAUAUUGUGAGUCAGGGUACUGUUGGUGGAAAAGUUAAAGAUAAUUGUAUAGAUACUGUUCAAGAUUUACUUCCGUCUUCAAUGGUGGAAAAUGGGAAAGAUGAAAGCCAAACAUCUAGUUUGAGGGAUAAUAAUACAUUUGGAACGACCUAUGUCAAGCCAAGAAUUGGCAUGACUGAAAAGUGUGCUAUAGUUGAUUCUUCAGAAAAUAGGAAUGAGCAAGUCCCCUUGUCAAAAUCCGGUACAUCUCUUUCCCAACAUGUCAAUGUUCUUAACUUAGAAAAUACAGACACUCAAACUGUCCAAAUGGAUUCAUUGACAUUUUCGAUGCAAAGGAAAAAUAAUGAGGAAAGGUAUUUGAAAAAACAUGGAGACUGCUUGCACCCUGAUAACUCGAUAAAAGAAAAUGCCAUAGAAAGGGAAUCAUUUGAUUCGAAGAUAUUGACCUGUUUAGAAGAAGAUUUCUCUAAAGAAUAUUUUCUACCAAAAUCUAAUGAGAGAAAUAACGUCAACGAGAUUCCUAGUGCCUUUUGUUCAUCGUUAGCUUGCAACGAAGGUAUCGCAAGAACAGAAAAUGGUGGAACUGCCAGUAGUACUUUUAUAGAUGAAUUUCAUGGUGUUUCUAAUGAAGCGUUCAUACCUACUCUAACAAAUGAAGUAGCUUGCAGUCAAGUUAAAAUUGAUUGUGUAUCGGAGAAUAGAUUGUUCCAAUAUUUUCAUGCAGACAAACAAACCGAUAAAGGUCUUUCUGAUGGGAUCCCUUCUGCUUUGUCAAUCAUUCCUGCAGGGCUAAAGUCCACUGAAAAACUCGGAUUAUCACAUAAAGGAGAAUCGGAUAAAUGUGGAGCUGAGUCUAUGAUGGAAACUAUAGAUUUAUCCGACGAAGUGAAGCUUGAUGAGAGUCGUGUCAUUGUGGAUAGUAAACUACUUACUACAGCAACCUCCUUUUGGCCCAACAGUCACAGAUCGUACAAGAAAAUUCUGAAGGAUGCUUUCACAUCAAGGAGGAGAUUACAAAAGGAGUAUGAGCAGUUGACAAUCAUGUAUGGUGAUUUUGAUACAGUGACAGAUCGACAAUCCAAUUCUACAGUUUUGCCCAAAAAAACGACCACAGACUUGAAGAAGAUAUCAUCUGACGAAGACCAUGAAUGGGAACUCUUGUAAAUAUUAAUGCUCUGCAAAGGUAAGCAUGCAUGCAUAUUCUCGCCUCUCUAGAACUGGACUAGGUAAAAUCACUUGUAAUAAAGAUGUUGAUUGAGAUUUGAGGAUGAACAUGAUCAUAUAAUAAUUUCUGGCAAUUGGCAAGUUUUAUGUUUUCCGAG